GGUUCGGUUGGGCAUCUAUGGUCCGGCACUGCUGCGCGCCAGAGUGUCGCGAAACGUUCGCCACUGCCGGCCGCGCGUUCGCCCGGUGCUCAGGCUGCGGCAUCUUGCGUUAUUGCUCUCGCCCGUGCUUGACGCGGGCCUGGAAGCACCCGACGCUCCCGCACAAGGCUGUGUGUACAAAGCUGCGCGUCCUCAGAGAACGGACGAACCUCCCGCGCGACCGAGACCUUGAUCCUGACCGCGAUCGUCAGGCCUUCUUCGAUGCAUGCGGGGCGGACGAGGGCCUUACUGCGUUGGCGCAGGACUGUGGAAAACAUCUGCUCGCCUUGAUCAUUGCGCGACGGAACAACAGCGAGGUUCUCAUACCGGAUGCAUUUUUACCAGGAGCGGAUGGCUACGGGAAAUGCUCAAGCUACUAGUGCGGCCUGAAUAUUUCUGAUGUAUUCUAUGUAUCUUGCUUGUAUCGCCCUUUGACCGAUAUCAUCCCUAAAACUCAUUG